AUUCGUCACAAACGCAUCCAAAGCAAAGAAGCCUGGAGGUGUGCGGAGCUAGAAACCACGGGAGCAAAGGUGGGCCGGAAACCACCUUCCCCACGCCCAGCCCCCUGCGUCUGCGGCAAGCCGGCAAAGAGCGCAGGCGUCCCUGCCGAAAGUUUGGGGGCGGUGUAGACCCGCGGCCCCGAGGCCCCGAGUCGCCCGGCGCAGGCGCACGCACGCGGGCGGGAAGAUGGCGGCCGGGUUCAAAACUGUGGAACCUCUGGAGUAUUACAGGAGAUUUUUGAAAGAGAACUGCCGUCCUGAUGGAAGAGAACUUGGUGAAUUCAGAACCACAACUGUCAACAUAGGUUCAAUUAGUACUGCAGAUGGUUCUGCUUUAGUGAAGCUGGGAAAUACUACAGUAAUUUGUGGAAUUAAGGCGGAAUUUGCAGCACCACCAACAGAUGCCCCUGAUAAAGGAUAUGUUGUUCCUAAUGUGGAUCUACCACCUCUGUGUUCAUCGAGAUUUCGGUCUGGACCUCCUGGAGAAGAGGCCCAAGUGGCUAGCCAGUUCAUUGCAGAUGUCAUUGAAAAUUCACAGAUAAUUCAGAAAGAAGACUUAUGCAUUUCUCCAGGAAAGCUUUCUUGGGUUCUGUACUGUGAUAUCAUUUGCCUCGACUAUGAUGGGAACAUCUUGGAUGCCUGUACAUUUGCUUUGUUAGCAGCCUUAAAAAAUGUACAGCUGCCAGAAGUUACUAUAAAUGAAGAAACUGGUUUAGCAGAAGUUAAUUUAAAGAAAAAAAGUUAUUUGAAUAUUAGAACUCAUCCAGUUGCAACUUCCUUUGCUGUAUUUGAUGACACUCUGCUCAUAGUUGACCCUACUGGAGAGGAGGAACAUCUGGCAACUGGAACCUUAACAGUAGUAAUGGAUGAGGAAGGCAAGCUAUGUUGUCUUCACAAACCAGGUGGAAGUGGGCUGACUGGAGCUAAACUUCAGGACUGUAUGAGUCGAGCAGUUACCAGACACAAAGAAGUAAAAAAACUGAUGGAUGAAGUAAUUAAGAGUAUGAAACCCAAAUAAACAACCACCACAUUUCCAAAACAGAUUUGUAAAAACUGUAUUUGUUACACUGUGCACAAACCUUUUAUACUAAAUAAAUAUCAAACUACAUUCUUCAGAAAGAUGUUUCUAGUAUUUCUUAGGUCACUUCCGUAUGUAGUAUGUACAGUGAAACCAUUUUUAAAAAGCAAUGACUUAGGCAAACCAACCCUAAUGGUUCGUUAAACCAUUCCCAUUUUUAAUUAAAAGUCAUAGGGUUGUGCUUCUGUAUAAAGUUUGUACAUCUAGCAGUGUAAAAUACUGACACAUUUGAAUAAACAAAACAAAAAAUGGAAGUAGAAACUCAGAAUCUUUUGAUUCAAUGCUCUUAUGGUUUUAAAAAAGAGAGAAAGAAAA